AUGGCUAUGACAAAUGCUGAAAGAAUGAAAAAAUAUCGAGAAAAAUUAAAACAAAAUAAAGUUAAACAUGAAGAAGUCAAAGCAAAGUCUCGUCAUCGAUACCAAUCAAAUAAAGCAAAACUAACUAGAGCUGGUUUGGCCGAAUUUCGCAACAACAACAAAAUUCGUCAACAAAAAUGUCGUGAAAAUAAAAAAAAGCAUUGGCUCAAUAAUCCAUCCUCAUCGUCAUUUAAAAGUCGUCAAUCAUUUGGCAAAUCAAUGAAAAAAGUCAAUUCAUCUCUUCCAAAAUGCGACCAGAAAAAGAAAAUUAUCGUUCAACAUCUUGCCGAAAAAUUUGGUUUACUUCCUAAAUCCACACAUCAACGAAUAAGCCUUCAACUUACUGAUCAAUUGAAAAAUGCCGUUCACAAUUUUUAUCUACGAGAUGACGUUUCAUAUCAACUUCCAGGUAAGAAAGAUUCAAUUGUUAUUAAAGAGAGUGAUGGUAGCAAAGUAACUUAUCAGAAACGAAUUUUGUUAAAUAGUUUACGAGAAAAUUACGAAUUAUUCAAAGAGGAAAAUCCUAAUAUUAGUCUCAGUCGUUCAUCAUUUGCUGCUUUGCGACCUUCUUUUGUUGUUUUGAAAGCUGCUUUGGCACAUCGAAAUUGUCUAUGUUUGUAUCACGAAAACAUUUGUCUACUUUUGAAAUCUCUUGAUAAAUAUGUUGAUGGAAAAUAUUGUUCAUCGUUGGACAAUUUCGUUAAUUGUUUGGUUUGUAGUAGCAAUAAUGAAGAAUGCAUGUUUAGUAGUUGUUCUCUUUGUGAAGGAUUUUUUGACGAGAAGAUUUUGGAAAAUGUUUCUCAUGGAGGUGCUCAAAUUACUUGGUCACAAUGGGCGAAUGAAAAUGGUCGUGCCGAGAAAAGAGAGUUUUCAGGAAGCGUUGGUGAAGCAGCUUUGUUGUUGAAAUCAAAAGUUGAACAGUUUUUGUAUCAUGUGUAUAUAAAACGAGAACAGUCAAAUUAUUUCGAAAAGUUGAAGGCUGAUGUAACUGACGAAAAGAUUGUUCUACAAGUCGAUUUUUCAGAAAAUUUCAAUAUGAAAGAGCAAGAUGAAGUUCAAAGCGCUCAUUGGAAUAGUAAAUCGUUGAGUAUAUUCACGGCUUUUGUUUGGUCUAAGAGUGAAAAUUUUUCAUUUGCUUUACCAUCAUUGGAUCUAACACAUGAUAAAUUUGUUGUUGAUGCUGCUUUAGCAAUCAUUUUGAAUCACAUUGCAACAAAACUUCCAAAUAUAAAAGAAAUCAAUUGUUUUUCUGAUGGUGCUGCUUCUCAAUUUAAACAACGUUUCCAUUUUCGAAAUCUAACACGAAUUGCUAAUAAAUAUAACAUCAGUCUAAGUUGGAAUUUUUUUGCUACUGCUCAUGGUAAAGGUGUUGUUGAUGGUAUUGGAGGGAGUGCAAAGCGUCUUGUAUGGUCAGCUGUUUUGGCAGGAGAAGUGUGUCGAACGGCCGAGGAUUUUGUUAAAAUUGCAAAGAAAAAAACUAAAAAAAUAAUUUUUAUUGAAAUUACAGCAGAUGCAAUCGAUCGUUCGAAAGUUGAACUUGAAAAUAUUUUCAAAACAGCAAAAUCAACUCCAGAAACAUUAAAAAUGCAUUCAGUUGUAGUGGUUGAUAAAGAUGAACUAGAGUUUCGUUAUUAUUCUAUGGCUUCUCGUAAACGAAUUGUAAAAUAUUAA